UCCGCUUCAUUCUUGUAAACUCCAUGGUGGGUUGGGGGCGCCCAGUGCUCAGCCCCCUUUUCGUUAUGAUUGGAUGCCUCUCCCUGCGAUUUUGCCGCGUUUUGGUACACGGGCGCUAUUUCCUUUCCACUUGCUUUCCGCCUUCGAUGGGGGCGUUCGGCAGUUCCGCGGCAGACAUCCGCGAAGGAGCUAAUUUCGGGGGACUUCAAAACCUUUUUCUAAACAGCGCUCAAGCAGUGAGAGAACGAGCCAUGGCAGCCAGGAGUCUUGCUGAGGAGUUUCGUAUGGAAACAACUUGUUCCGUCUGCCUGGAAUACUUCAAAGAGCCAGUGACCAUUGAGUGUGGGCACAACUUCUGUCAAGCCUGCAUCCCUCAGUGCUGGGCAAUGGCUGACACAGGUGCUUCCUGCCCGCAGUGCCGAGAAAUUUUCCAACAGAAGAAUUUCAGGCCAAACUGGCAGCUGGCAAACCUUGUGGAACUUGCCAGGAAACUUCAGGCGGGAAAAGGAGUAGAGGGGGAGCGAAGAGGGUGCAAGAGGCACCAGGAGCCCCUGAAGCUCUUCUGCUUCGAUGACCAAGCCCCCAUCUGUGUGGUGUGUGACCGAUCCAUGGGGCAUCAGAACCACAGAGUACUUCCUAUGGAGGAGGCUUUCGUCGAGUAUAAGAAGGAGAUCCAGACUGAGCUGCAGACUCUGGAGCAAGAGAGGAGAAAGCUUAAGCAUCUAAAAACAGCUGAUGAUCAGAGAAGCCAAAAAUUUUGGACAAAGUUACAAGCGGAGAAAAUGAAGAUUAAGUCGGCCUUUCAGCAGUUUUACAGUUAUCUUGAGAAGAAAGAGCGCCUCAGACUAUCCCUGCUGGAAAAGAUGGAGAAAGAAAUGACGAAGAGGGACAAAGAAACCCACACCAGAUUCUUGGAGGAGGUUUCCCAUCUCAAUCACCUGAUCACAGAGAUGGUGGAGAAGUUUCAACAGUCAGAAAAUGAAUUUUUACAGGAUCCCAAAACUAUACUGAGCAGAUAUGUGAAGGAGCCAGAGAGGCAGCUGCUGAAACCUCCUGUGGAGCUGGAGGAAGCUCUCAGAACUUACUCUCAGAAAACUCCUGCCUUGCAAAAGGCAUUGGCCGAUGCUCAACGGCUUCUGAAGUUUGCAGUGGAUGAAGCAUUGUACAAAGUGAAUGUGACUCUGGAUCGAAAGACUGCACAUCCCCAACUCAUUGUGUCUCUGGAUAUGAAGCGCGUGGAAGUAUACGAAGUACGGGGAAGUAUACGAAGAAAGUUUCCUGACAGCCCCGAGCGAUUUGAUACCCUACAAAGUGUUCUGGGCCUUGAGAAAUUCACCUCAGGUAGACACUGUUGGGAGGUAGAAGUGGGAAAUAGACAGGGAGGGUGGGCUGUGGGUGUAGCUAGAGAGUCUGUGAAGAGGAAGGGAAAUGUCACCCUUAAUCCUGAUGAAGGAUUCUGGAUUGUGCAGACAGAAUGCUUUUAUGCCUUGCAUAUGUCUGCUUUGACUUCCUCUCAGUCAGUCACUUUAUCUGCCAGGAUUCCACAAAAGAUAAGGGUGACUCUGGACUAUGAAGAAGGUUGUGUGGAAUUUUUUUGUGCUGAGACAAAGCAAAGACUUUUUGCUUUCCCUUCAACUUCAUUCUCUGGGGAGGCACUCCGCCCCUAUUUUUUUCUUCAGCAAAAAGCCUCAUUAAAGUAUUACCAAUUCCCAUGUGAAGCCAAUUACCAGACUUCCAUUUUCGGUCUUGAGGAGAAGGAGAGAGAACGAGACAUGGCAGCUGGGAGUCUUGUUAAGGAGUUCUGUGAAGAAACAACCUGUUCCAUCUGCCUGGAAUACUUCAAAGAGCCAGUGACCAUUGAGUGUGGGCACAACUUCUGUCAAGCCUGCCUCGCCCAGUGCUGGGCAGAAUCUGACACAGGUGCUUCCUGCCCACAGUGCCGAGAAAUUUUCCAGCAGAAGAAUUUCCGGCAAAACUGGCAGCUGGCGAACCUUGUGGGACUUGUCAAGAAACUUCAGAUGGGAAAAGGAGUAGAGGGGGAGCGAGGAGGGUGCAAGACACACCAGGAGCCCCUGAAGCUCUUCUGUAUUGAUGACCAAGCCCCCAUCUGCCUGGUAUGCGACCGAUCCAUGGGGCAUCAAAACCACAGAGUGCUUCCUUUGGAGGAGGCUUUCCUCGAGUAUAAAAAAGAGAUUCAGACUGAGCUGCAAUCUCUGGAGCAAGAGAGGAGAAAGCUUAAGAAACAAAAAAUGGCCGAUGAUCGGAGAAGUCGAAAAUUUUUGAUACAGUUAGCAGCAGAGAAGCAGAGGACCAAGUCAGCCUUUCAGCAGUUGCACAAUUACCUUGGGAGGGAAGAGCACCUCAGGCUAUCCCUACUAGAAGAGAUGGAGAAAGAGAUGGCGAAGAGGGACAAAGAAAAUCACACUAGAUUCUUGCAGGAGGUUUCUCAUCUCAGUCGCCUGAUCAUAGAGAUGAAGGAGAAGUUCGAACAGUCAGAAAAUGAAUUUUUACAGGAUCCCAAAACUAUUCUGAGCAGAUAUGUGAAGGAGCCAGAGAGACAGCUGCUGGAACCUCCUGUGGAGCUGGAGGAAGCUCUCAGAACUUACUCUCAGAAAACUCCUAUCUUGCAACAGGCUCUGGCCAAAUCCCAAGAGUCUCUGGAAUGUACACUGGAUGAAGUAUUGCACAAAGUGAAUGUGACUCUGGAUCCAAAGACGGCUCAUCCCCAACUCAUCGUGUCCUCAGAUAUGAAGAGUGUGAGAUGGGGAAGGCAAACCCUUCCUGACAACCCUGGGCGAUUUGAUACUCUACAAAGUGUGCUAGGCCGUGAGAAAUUCACCUCAGGAAGACACUGUUGGGAGGUGGAAGUGGGGAAUGGACAGGGAGAGUGGGCUGUGGGUAUCGCUAGAGAGUCUGUGAAGAGGAAGGGCAGUGUCACCCUUAAUCCUGAUGAAGGAUUCUGGAUUGUGAAGACAGAAUGCUUUUAUAGACACAAUUUUCUAUGGCGGAUGUCUGCUUUGACUUCCCCUCAGUCAGUCACUUUAUCUGCCAGCAUUCCACAAAAAAUCCAGGUGUCCCUGGACUAUGAAGAAGGUUGUGUGGAAUUUUUUUCUGCUGAGACAAAGCAAAGACUCUUUGCUUUCCCUUCAGCCUCAUUCUCUGGAGAGGCACUCCGUCCCUUUUUCUUACUUUCCUCCUUAGUCUCAUUCAAAUGUUGCUCUUGAAGGGAAUCUUCACCAUGGAAAGAAGUGACAUUUUUAGCCAUUUCUCUCUAGCUGCAAGAGAGCCAGAUGAGUGUUUACAGUCUUAAUGAGUUUCAACAGAACUUCUGGUUCCCGUUUGCAGACCACAGAAUUUUGCAUCUGCAGGCCUAGUGGGGCUAAGAAGGUCUAGCAUCUCUGCACAAACUCCCCAUAGAAAUUGGGUUUGGGGUCUCUCCUUUUGUUGCAGUGCUUUAUAACAAUAGCAUUCUCUUCUGAAAAAUUGGGGGAGGGCAGAAUGCUAUAUGUGCCUGAUGGGGCUUUUUUUGCCCUUAAAUGUCUUUGUGGUGUGUGACAAUUCAACCUCUUAUGUAAGUGGCAUUGUUUUUAAUGGGCAUAGUGGUUUCCAAAUCUAGUUUGGGGGGGGUGUCAGAGAUUAAGAGGAGACAUGGCCUAAAAUGGGGGGGGGGGGGAUAGAAAUGCAAGGAGAUCAGGCCAUCUGUGGAAGCAAAUUCCCAGCUGCCUAAGCAGCACAGUUCUCCUUGAAACUUUCACACAAUGUUCUUAAAAGGGAGGCUUUCCUCUCUUGCUCUUAUUUAUUCAUAUUUAUUCAAUUAAAUACUUGUGUUUCUCAAAA